GAGUUCAACCAUGGAGUCACGACUCGUGUCAUUCUGCUUGCUUAUGUAUCCAACAAGCGUGUCAUUACCAUGCAACUAUCUCCUCCUGCUUUGCCGCGUCUGUAUCCUUACGUGUUGCCUUUUCCUCAUUGCUCACCGUCACAACUCUGCUAUAAAAAACCUAAUGGAUAGCCUGGGUUCAGUCUGAAAAAGCCAAAGCAGUGAAGAAAUCAAGUAAGCAAAGUGAGAAAAAUGGCGUCAGGUCAAGAACGAGCCGAUCUCGACGAGAAGGCUAGACGAGGAGAGACAGUUGUUCCUGGUGGAACUGGUGGUAAGAGUCUUGAAGCCCAAGAGCAUCUUGCUGAAGGCCGGAGCCGUGGCGGACAGACGAGGAGGGAGCAGCUAGGGACUGAAGGGUACAAGGAGCUUGGCCAUAAAGGAGGUGAGACUCGAAGGGAUCAGAUAGGGAUUGAAGGGUAUCAGGAGAUGGGCCGUAAAGGCGGACUCAGUACUAUGGAGAAGUCUGGUGGAGAACGAGCUGAGGAGGAAGGGGUUGACAUUGACGAGUCAAAAUACAAGACUCGGAGCUCAGCCUAGCUUUUGUAGCUUGUUGGUUUUUAGUUCUAGUUUGUUAAUGUAGAAGUUCAUGCAAGCCUGGAAACAAGGGAGUGUUACGUGUGUAUGUUAAGACUUAUGUGUCUUUAAAUUCUGUGUAGUGUUCAAAAACUUUGUAGUUUGACUCUAAAAUAAUGAAGUACUUCUAUUAGUAA